UUUAUGGGUUAUAGUACUCGACCCGUUUAUUGUCGUUCAUAGGGGAAGGUUGUCGUUGGAAGCACUCAACACAUUCAACUUUUCAAAACCGCAUUUGCAAGAAAUCAAAGAUAUGGAUCCAAAAUUAACAGAAGUUUCUCAGCUCUUCGAUCGAUUCAAGGCCGCGUUUCUCCGAAACGACUUCGAUUCCAGCUCCAAUCUUCUCUCACAGCUUAAGGUUUUACUAACAGGGUUCAGAAGCCUCCCACCCUUGUUUGCAGAUACUCCAAAUGCAGUUCAGGAGUUAACUAUAGCAAGGGAUAUAUAUGAGCAUGCUGUUGUUCUUAGUGUAAAAAUCGAGGAUCAAGAUGCCUUUGAAAGGGAUUUCUUCCAGUUGAAACCUUAUUAUACAGAUGCCCGUAAUCGUCUUCCACAAUCUCCUCAGGAGUACCCAAUACUUGGUCUCAACCUGUUGAGACUACUUGUGCAAAAUAGGAUUGCUGAAUUCCAUACUGAGUUGGAAUUACUUUCAUCCACUGCUCUAGAGAAUCCUUGUAUUAAGCAUGCUGUGGAGUUGGAGCAAUCUUUUAUGGAAGGGGCUUACAACCGUGUCUUGAGUGCUAGGCAGACAGUGCCACAUGAAACAUAUGUGUAUUUCAUGGAUCUUCUGGCAAAGACCAUCAGAGAUGAGAUAGCAGGAUGCAGUGAGAAGGCAUAUGAUUAUCUUUCAAUUAAUGAUGCUAAGCAAAUGUUGCUGUUUUCCAAAGACCAGGAACUCUUGGAGUAUAUCAAUGAGGAGCACCCUGAGUGGGAAAUUAAGAACGGUUCUGUCUUCUUUCAAAAGGCAAAAGAAUCUGCACCUUGCAAAGAAAUACCAUCUCUGCAACUCAUCAACCAAACACUUAGUUAUGCUAGGGAGUUGGAGAGGAUUGUCUGAAAAGAAUUCAUGCAAAUGGACCUGAGUUUUAAAGUUGUUUACUUCUGAUUCAUUGUGAAACUAAAAACUUAUUUUAUCUCUGUAUUGUUUCUUGGUGUACCUUUUCCUUUCCUGUGCUAAUAUUAUAAACGUGACUAUAA